AUGGAUGCCUGCAAACCCGCUACUACGGACAAUAACAAUAUUUUGAGUCCCAAUCCUGGAGAGGGCGAGGGGGAUGUAUUCGAGCCGGAUCCGGGACUCGAGGCGGCGGGAAACGCGUUGUGGACCGCGGUGUUUGACUAUGAAGCCACUGCGGAGGACGAGCUCAGCCUGCGGAGGGGAGACGUGGUGGAGGUGCUGUCCAAGGACUCGCUGGUGUCCGGGGACGAGGGCUGGUGGACCGGGAUGAUCGCGGACCGUGUGGGCAUUUUCCCCUCUAACUACGUGAGCGAAGGGAAAUGCAUGCACGAGGAGGACGCACGGGAGAAGUCCGAGCAGAUAUCUGUGCCUUGUCUGCACCUCCUGGAGAUCGACUUCUCAGAGCUGACUCUAGAGGAGAUCAUUGGCGUGGGCGGUUUUGGGAAAGUGUACCGUGCUGUGUGGAGGGGAACGGAGGUGGCGGUGAAGGCGGCAAGAAGGGACCCAGACGAGGAGGCGGGGCAGAUCCUGGAGAGUGUCCGUCAAGAGGCUAAACUGUUUGCCAUGCUCAACCAUCCCAACAUCAUGGCUUUGCUGGGGGUGUGCCUGCAGGAGCCCCACCUGUGCCUGGUGAUGGAGUACGCUCGGGGGGGUCCGCUGAACCGUGCCCUGGUCCGGAGACGUGUCCCGCCCUGUACGCUGGUGGACUGGGCCGUACAGGUGGCCAGGGGCAUGCUCUACCUCCACAGCCAGGCCAUUGUACCCAUCAUCCACCGGGACCUCAAGUCGAGCAACAUCCUAAUUCUGGAGCGAAUUGAAAUGGAGGAUUUGAACAACAAGACGCUGAAGAUCACUGACUUUGGGCUGGCACGAGAGUGGCACAGGACCACCAAAAUGAGCGCUGCCGGGACAUACGCCUGGAUGGCCCCCGAAGUCAUAAGAUCAUCCACAUUUUCCAAGGGGAGCGAUGUGUGGAGUUAUGGUGUGUUGCUAUGGGAACUGCUGACCGGAGAGGUGCCAUUCAGAGGCAUAGAUGGACUUGCCGUGGCGUAUGGAGUCGCUAUGAACAAACUGGCACUGCCUAUCCCCUCCACCUGCCCUGAGCCAUUUGCACGACUUAUGGAGGCUUGCUGGAGCCCAAACCCUCACUGUCGUCCCCCGUUUAGCUCGAUCCUGCACCAGCUCACCGCCAUCGAAGAGUCUGGGUUUUUCGAGAUGCCCGCUGAGUCCUUCCACUCUUUGCAGGACGACUGGAAACUGGAGAUACAGGAGAUGUUCGACCAACUCAGGAUCAAGGAGAAGGAGUUGCGGUCGUGGGAGGAGGAACUGACCAGGGCCGCGCUGCAGCAGAAGUGCCAGGAGGAGGAGCUGCGGAGGCGAGAGCAGGAGCUGGCCGAGCGAGAGAUCCACAUACUGGAGAGAGAGCUGAACAUCAUAAUACACCAGCUGUACCAGGACAAGCCCCACGUGGAGCGGAGGCAGGGCAAGUUCCGCCGCAACCGCCUCAAACUCAAGGAUGGCAACAGGAUCAGCCUACCAUCAGAUUUCCAGCACAAAAUCACAGUUCAGGCUUCACCGUCCCACGACCGCCGCAGGAGUUUACUCAGCAGCAGCUCCAGCCCUCCCACCAGCCCACCCGUCCUGCCGCGCCUCAGAGCCAUACAGUUAACCCCCGGAGAUGGAUGUAUGGCCUUUUACCGCUCCACAAGUUUGAGUCAUGAGGAAGAGGAAGGAGUGAAGAGAGGAUCCAGGAAGAAGGGCCGGUGCAGAGGCAAUGGAGCCCAGAGGGAACAUAGUGCUGACAAUGUAGCUAAGCCGGCCCGCGAGGGAACUAGGCAGCGUUCCUGCAGUGCCCCAAACCUGCGCAGAUCUCCCAGGCAUAGUCCAGCAGUGCCCGGAGUCCCCAGUCUGGUGGAGAUGGAAAAUGAAGACUGCUGCUUUUCCACUGAUCCCAGCUCUUCUCCAGGACAGUCCUACCUCUGUAUCCCCUUCCACAAAGAACCCCAGCCCUCCUCCUCCGCUGCUGCUGACUCUGAUGGAGACGAGUACUGUCCCAUGGUCAGUGUGCCCACCUCUCCCCCCUGUAGGAGGAGUCCCGCUGGGGUGCGCUCCUCUGACGUCGUCCUGGUCGGGUGUGGAGCUAUACUGGCUGCGGUUGGACUUGGGUUAAACAUGUUAAAUUUCGCCCAUCCUGAAGAAAGCGUCAAAUCCAAAUGGGACAGUUUAUUUCACAGGACAGGGGCACAGACGCGUAAGCUUUUCAAACGGGAUAGCCCACUUAAACCUCCUGAAAAACUCCUACCAUCUUCCUAUACGUUAUUAACUGACUGUAAGUCCACUCGUUCACUGUUAAGAACAGACAGUGAGGAGCUCUUGGUGUAUCGUCCAAAUUCGCCAUCACAGCAGCUCACAUCUCAGCCCUCCGGUCAUGUCCCGUUGAAUCCUCUGGUAAAUACACAGGUGGAGAGUUUUAAGCGUAACCCUCGUCAGUCGCUCACCCCCACGCAUGUCCCUUCAGCACCCCCUGCGUCUCGAAGUUUGCGUCGUAUACCCUCAGAUGGAGCCAUUAAAAAACACUGUCCCGUAAACAGUCUGGAACCGCUGCCAGAGAAAGAAGCUUUGGAAAACACUGGUAUCUUCAGACCUCUCAGAGAUGACUGCUCUUUUGUCCCACGGCUGCCUGACCCAAACCUGGUCUUCCCCCCCACCCCUCGUCGUCGAUGCCCCCCCGAACGCCCCAAGACCCUGGACUUUGUGGCUCGACCCAGACCCUCUCCACGGGCCCGGUUUGACCCGGCUUUCUGGUCUGAAUCCAAACCCAAGGGUAACGGAGAGUCCCCAGCUCAUACCUCCAGCACUGAGACCCCGCCCACUUCAGAGUUCGGACGGGACAGUGCCGUUCCACCCACCCCUGUAGAGACCCCAAAGCCAUUUUCACCAAGAAAGACCCAAAAAAACCUCCUGGAUCAACUGGAUGAGGAGCAGUGCAGAGACGGAACAGUGCCACUAUGCAAAGCAGACAUUCCCAAAGACUCACCUUACAAAUACAAGCCUGGGUUUUGGUCAUAA